AUGGCUUCUUUUAAAAUAAUAAAAGUGAAGGAAAUACUUGCUCAUUUUCUGUAAUAAGUCGUAGUUAAUAAUUAUUUUCGUAGAAAUCUCAAGACAAUCUUUGCUUCUCUUCCAUAAGUAACUUACCGAUGACACAAUCAGGUUAUAAACUACAAUUUUUAUAAUUCCAGUCAUUGCAGUGCGCUUAUUCAAAACAUCGUCGCAGACGAUGGGAGGUUAUGUCAAGUGUUAGUCUGCAUAAUAAGGAAAUUUUUAAUGUUCUUAACCAACUAUCGGCAGUGCUGUAUUUACUAUAAUGUGAAUAAUCUAGUUUAAGCAGCAAAUUACAUAGGCAAUGACAAAUUAUUUUCAAUAAAAAAAUAAACACUUAGGAAGUUUAAGGCUUGUUUCGCAGUGUCUGACCACUUCCAGAACGAAGCAAUGGAUUCGCCCGCUGUCCUUGCGUUCAGGCCGUGUUUCAUCGGCUCGGACCACAGACAACGCUUGGACGUCUCGGACAAGAGGGCUAAGAAUGAGUGUCCCCCAUGGAAAUGCGCCGAAAAACCUAUCAGAGCGAGGUGCGGCGGCAGGCCGACGGGGUUCCACAACCUGCCGCGGGAGGUGCUGGUGCGCAUAUUCUCGUACUUCCCCGAGGAGGAGAUCGCGGGCGUGCUGAUGCACGUGUGCCAGCACUGGCGUCUCGCUGCCACGCACCCGAGCCUGUGGUGCCGACUGCGCUUCCAGGGCGCCAGCCUUCCCGCGAGGGACAUCUGCCGCCUCCUGCACCACUCGGCGUGCCUCACCUCCCUCCAGCUGGUCGCCGUGCCGGGGCCCAGCGUGGUGCGUGCCCUCCGCCAGGUCUGCAGAUGCAACCCGCUGCUGCAACACAUCACGGUGAAGCGCUGCAUGCGGGAGGACGAGUGCAUCCCGGACUCCGUCCUCAAGAACCUGGUUGUCUCCUGCCGGGAGCUGCUCUCCAUCAACUUCAAGGGCACGCAGAUCAGGACCAGACGGCUGGUGAGCGAGCUGGUGUACGCGCCACAGCUUCGCAGCCUCAAGCUGUCCCUGCAGGCGAGCUCGCGGCCCCGGGACCUGCUGCUGGCCGCGCUCAACUGCCGCGACCUGAGCGAGCUGGUGGUGUCCCCGUGCCGCGCCAGGGGCGGGCCCCCGCCCCUCGCGGACACGGACGCCUGCCUGCUGUUCCACGCCCUGCGGCCCUCCCUCGCGGCGCUCAGCUUCGACGCUCACGGCCUGUGCGAGCCCGCCCUACAGGCCAUCCUGUCGUGCUCGCUGCUGCGGAGCCUCAAGCUGACCAACUGCGUGCAGCUGUCGGGCGCCCUGUUCCGCUCCCUCCCGCGCCGGCUGCCCGGGCUGGCUCGCCUGCGGCUGGCCAACGCCUGCCAGCUCACCUCGGAGGACGUGGCGGGCGCCUUCGCGGAGCCCGGCUCCCCGCUGCGCCGCCUCUCGUACCUGGACCUGGCCGGCUGCUGGCGUCUGCGCGACGAGGGGCUGCUCGUCGUCGCCGAGGCCGCGGGAGGGACCCUCAUGCACGUCGGCCUCGAGCGGUGCAAGUCGGUGACGAGGGCCGGGGUGGCGGGCCUGCUGGGCGCCUGCCGCCACCUGCGCCACCUCAACGUGGCGCACGCCUUCGAGUUCCGCUGCGAGGACGCCCGCGCGGUGCACCGGCUGGCGCCCGGCCUGGAGCGGCUGGUGCUGGGCCAGUACGAGCCCGCCGCCGCGACGGAACUCGGGCAGCUCCUGCCGGGACUCCGCAUAGCCGUCAAGGUCUCCGAGUUCUCCAAGGAGAAGUACGACUUCUUCCUCUGAUUGCUUCCCACCGCUACAUGUUUCACGAGUACACGAACAGCAACGAGCUGUGAAACUUCCGUGAUUUACUCGCCAUUUCGCCGUCGUCUUCAGUGGCCGUGACACCCCGAGGCAUGCAUCCUGCCCGCGUUUCAAAGCCCGUACGGCUACCCUAAUUCUGUGUGAAUUUAAAAAAAAUUAAAAAUAAUCAUAUGGGAGGAAAUCUUAUCAAAAUGUCACAUAAGAGUGAAUAAAAAAUGUGCAUGACUAAUUAUGCAGCUGUGCAAUAU